AUGGCAGACGAGAAAGGGGUCGCGAGAUCAACCCGCAGGUAUUCUCAGCGAAGAUAUCACACCCGACAAUCCUCUGGGCGCCGUGGACGUCAUGGGGGAUCAAGACGCCAAUCUGGCGUCUUUUCAGCCCCAGAAUUCCCUCGGCCUCCCACACCAGCCCCCGAUGAACCACUCCCAUCUCCAGAUCUUUCGCAACCAGGCGAUAAACUUGUUUCAAGGCUUUUUCAAUCCACCGUUAGGUUUUGGAACUUGAUCCUUCAGGAAGAGGAUUGGCCGCUUAGACUUGCUCCGGGUGGCAUUACCCCAGCCUUGCCAUCUCCGCCCGCUGAUAAGAGUCUCCCAUUCGCCACCGACGACGAGAGCAACAUCGUCGAUGGGACAACGAUUAGUGACAGCGAGGCGCCAGAGCCCAGCGACGAACCGAACAGCCCUGAAAGUGCCGACCGACAGGAGGGCGAGACUACGACUCCGACGAUUGACCAGGGCAGGAACUGGAAGGAGUUGGUGCUUGCGCGCCUCGUCCUACAAGAGGAAUUGAGUCGACUGCGUUUAUGGAAGAUCACUUUCACUGAUGACGACUUGGAUCUUUUGUCCAAAUCAAGACAUGAAAUUUUUCAUGCUAUUUUAAAAUGCCUCGUCAAUGUUUCGAACACGUUGAUCGAGGAAUACGCCGGCCCACUAAACCCACCGCGAAAACAACUCGAUGACGAAGAAGAUGUCCUGACGGAGCUUGCGAAGCAGGUUGGGGGAUUGAUUGAACAGGUGCCAUACGAGGACGAUUUUAUGACAACAGAGGGCGACUGCUCUGAGACACACGGAUCCAACACCACUGCUGGAGGUCAGACAUUUCUCAAGAACCUUACAGAGAAUAUUGAUCGCUUACAUAGACUGUCGCAUUCAAUGUGUCUUGUGCUGGAUGAUAUUAAAGGUAGGUUCACGUGA